GUCUCUUCUGUGGACGUAACGCACCAUGAAGGUUCUUCUGUUAAUCGUCGUGGCAUCUGCCGCCGUGGCCAGGCCUCAGUACGGCUACAGUCCCCCUGCCACCUACCGCCCUGCUCCAACCUAUGCUCCCGCUCCCUCCUACAGGCCAGCUCCCUCUUAUCAGGCCCCAGCCAAGUACGACUUCGAGUGGGGCGUCAGGGACUCCUACUCCGCCAACCACUUCGGCCACAACGAAGACCGCGACGGAUACAACACCCAAGGAUCCUACUACGUGCAGCUCCCCGACGGCCGCCUGCAGAAGGUCACCUACUACGUCAACGGCGACUCAGGCUACGUAGCCGAGGUCAGCUACGAGGGGCAGGCCCAGUACCCAGCCUACCACGCCGCCCCCUCCUACAGUCCUGCCCCGACCUACACACCCGCCCCCGUGUACGGAUAAAUCUUGAACAGUUUUAAGCAAAUGUACAAUAUACUUGUGUUUAUACAUAUUUAGAUAAAAUGGAGCUAUAGGA